AUGAUGAUGGAUUUCCAAAAGCACCACCCGCCGCCACCAUAUCACCCUCACCCCUCGCUGCUGGGAGCGGUUGCCCACGAUCCUCGAGGGGCGCCCUCAGCGCCGCCCGCCGCGCGCGCCUACGGACCGCCUCGGCCACCAUCACCACGCCCAUACUACGAGAUGCUUCAACGACGAGAGUCCGAGAUGCCUCGAUCGGCUGCCACGGCCCCGGGUUACAAUUAUCCGACCCCUUCGUCCGCUCCCGCCCCCGUUUCCUCCGUCGCGUACACCCAUGAGCCCGCCUACGCAUCCUUGCGGCCAGAAUCAUCCGGGUAUCACCUCGCACCGACUGGCCAUGGUUCCUCCAAGAAGCAUAAUCUUCCGGCUGGGCAGCGAGACUCUGACAACCGCCAUGAUCCCCCUUAUGAUCAUAAUUACCUCAAUCACCAGGAUCGACGGAUGGUGUAUCGUGAAGUUUUUAUGAUUCUUCCCGGUGGUGGUGGUGGUGGUGGUGGUGAUGGUGUUGUUGUUGCUGGGUGCCUGAGCCGAACUGGGUAG